AUGGAUAUCGUUCCUCCUCCAAGUCCUGAUCUGCUACAUCCUGCUCGCCUAUUUCUACUUCUGUCCGAAAGACCCGAGCACGAACCCGACGAUCUGUCGGAACCUAGCCGAGCUACAUUGGAAACUAGCUCCGCACCUCUCGCCGUAUCUGGAGCAGUUCGACGCCGAGAUCCGGUCGCCAUUGAGGGCCCGAGUGGACCGGAAACUGCGGCCGAUAUACGACCAGAAUACCUCCAACGCUCAGGCUUGCCCCUCCAGGCCUCCAAACUCACCACUCUCUACCUCGCCCCGAUCCGCGACCAUGUCGCUCAGAGGUACCGCCAAAAACUGCUCCCUCGACUACGCUUCCUCGCCGCUCAAUCCCGUCAAGCAUACUCCACCCUCACCCACUCGGCCCUCGUCCGGACCCUCAAGACCGACUAUCUCCCACUCCUCAAUCGCUUCCUCCAUCACAACAUCCUCCGUCCACUCCGUCAAUCCGUCCUCCCCAAUCUCCUCAACUUCUACCAAAUCCAUCUCCACCCUCAUCUCAUCUCCCUCGCUAGAUCAUCUUAUCAGACCCUCUUCAUCAACGAUAAUCCGCUCAAAAACCAGCUCAAAACCCUCAAACUCACCUACAGAAAUCGGCUCCUUAGACCCGUCAAGGCCUUACAUUCCAUCUACGUCAAACCCCAGAUCAGGAAGAUCGUCCUCAAACUCAACGAAUACAACCACAACCGAAACUCGUCCUCCUCCUCCUCCUCCGUCAUUAAUACUACUACUACCAGUCCGAUUGUUCAUCAAGAAAAGGUAGAUCAUCAACCGAUUCCUCCAUCCGUCGACGAUGAUCAUCACCACCAUGCUUCUGCAAUCCCUUCUUCUUCUGCGGCCACCGAUGAUGAUCGAGAGAUUCCAGCACCAUCAUUAUCUGGAGCAGAUGACGAAGAUCUAGUCCAGCCAGUGAUCGAGCCAGUCCGGGAACAAGAACAAGACAAAGUCCAAGCUACCUCCACUGAUACUUUCCCAAUCCAUGCCCAAGAACAAGAGGAAUCCAAAUCCAUUGUAGAACAAGUGUCGCUCGAUCACCUUCCGUCGGUGGUUGAGGAACACGAUGAGCCAGCUUGCUCGUCUCCUCUAGACACUUCUAGUCCCCCCUCCUCCUCCUCUCCCUCUGAUGAUCAUGAUCUUGUUCAUGAUCAAGUCGAGGCCCAAGUCGAAUCGGACGACGGCGUUGAAGAAUCCGAACUACUUCCUGGAGAGAUCGAAGAUGAUAAUUUGACGGUGGAUGUAGACGAGUUUAUGAAUGAGAUCGAUGAUGAGCUUGCCUCGACCACUUCCUCCUCCGCACCCACACCGGCAAGCACCGAACCCCAAGAAGGGGAAGGAGAAGAAGAAGAAGAGGGGGGAGCGAGGGGCCGACAUGGGCCUGCAGAGAUCGCGGCUCAACGGCGGGACUUGGAAGCGCUAUCAGCCGAGCUUUUGGCGAAGAUCCGCGAGACCGAAGCGACGCAGAUCCCGGCGUUGAUUGAACUCUUGAACGGCAAGCGGAGUGCGGAACGAGUUUCGGAGCUAGACGAGCUAGUUGAUCGGGAGAAGAAGCCGCAAGCGAUCCAGAAGGAGAUGGCGCGCUUGUUGGAAAGAGUGGUGAAAUGGUUCGACCGGGCCGAGACGAAACUGGGCUCGGUUCUUUCCACGCAGAACCCGGAGGAUCCGGGGCCGGCAAAGAACACGAUCGACGAGCAGAUCGUCCAAGCCGAUCUGGUCCGCAAUAAAGCCCUCCAGAAAGUCGACCAACGCUUGGUCUCCGUCUAUCUGCUCCAAUUGGCCCGCUUCAAGCAGGCCCAGCUCCGGCUCGAAACCGACCACGUCUUCGAGCCCCUCUGGAACCCCGUCGGCCUCUUCUUCGAUUCCCAUGUCGCAAGACUCGGACACGGUCUUACCUGGUUGAGCGAUGUCACCUAUCAUGAUUGGGCCGUUUAUAAUCGCAUCAAUCGCGAGGUGGCGUUGGUGAAGAGGAAGCUAGAGUCGAUCAUGGUCAAUGGCACGAUUCCUUCUUCUUCUUCUUCUUCAACAACUGUAACAGUGUCUGACCGGGCCGAAGAACCCGAAGACCCCGAGCUGGAAGACGACCCCACCAAUCCUGAUGAUGCUGACAAUGAUGGUGAUGGUGAUGGUGAAGAGCGAAAGGAGGAAGAAGGACAGGAAGAGAUGAUCAAGCAGCGGCUGAUCCGGCCGUCGUUUUACCGCGAGAUCGAGGCGACUGAGGCGCUAGUCGACCGGAUCCAUCGGCGGUUCCAGGCCGACUUGGACGCCCGAUAUCGGCGGUUUUUGGACCGGUUGCACCAGCUUGGCCGGUCUGUCCUGGCUCCUCAUCUUGAGGAUCCUCUUGUCGAGCAGAAUCAGGAGGGUGGUGGUGGGAGGACUGACGAGGCCCGUUCGAUUGGGAUGCCCGAUCUUCCGACUCAGGAUGCUCAGACUCCUUCCAUUCACGCGGAUAGAGACGAACUUUAAUCACCAUAAAACUUGGUCGGCUCGUUGCUUGUCCCGCACUUUUACGUGCGUCCUCAUAGUCGCGCUUGUCUUUCUAUUCACUUCC